AACCUUCCCGCUCCGGCAGCCCUCGCUGUCCAUCAAGCUUUUCCAUCUCUCCCCCGGGUAAACUGUUGGAAGUGUCGGAGCUCUUCACCCUUUGACCCCGGCAGCGCCUCUAAUCUGCGCGGAGGAAUGAGAGGCAUUCUUCAGCUGCUGCAGGAGGUGGAGGAGCUGCCGGUGGGAGGGGAACUUACGACGUAGUAGGGACCCAGUCAGUCAGUGAAGUUUCCAGCGACUCGGCCAUCACGGGCUGGAGCUGUCCUCCCUGAGAUGAACGCACUCGGCGGCUGCGGAGGGGAUUUACGCGGGGAAAGAAGGCGGUGAUCGCGGGGGGGGUUUAGUGGAGCGCGGUCCGGAUCCGGAUCAUCCGAAUAUGGGUCAGACGGCCGUGUCCUCUGUGUCCCAGACCGCGGGCGUUGAUGGGCUGGAGAAAUCAUCAUCGUUGGCCAGCUGCGAUGUGGUGGUGGACAGUGCCGCCAAUACCCAGAAUGCCCCUGCAACGCGGCAGCAGCGAGGUAAGCUGUCGUCACUAGGGAAACUGUUCAAGCCCUGGAAGUGGAGGAAAAAGAAGACCAGUGACAAGUUCCAGGAUCUUUCCAAAGUUCUAGAGAGAAAAAUCUCCACCAGACAAACGAGGGAGGAGCUGAUCAAGAAAGGAGUUCUCAUCCCCGACCAAGAGGAACCAAUCAGCAGUCAAAAUCUCAACGGCCACGCCACAUCCAGCGUGACGUCGGAGGAGGUCAAAGUUGACAUCGAGUCACCAGAAUCGCUGCAGGAGGGAAAGGCCUCUGGGCCCGCCGGCACCGCGGAGAAAACAGAGAGGCGAGAUACUAAACCUCUCGCCCGGGCAAACCAGGUGCGACCUCAUGACGUCCAAGCUAAAAAAACGCACGGUGCCACCCUGCCUGCCUCUUCCAAACCUGCAGGCGGCACUGCAGCCACAACUCGUCACAGGGAGGGGGCCCCUGGGACUAAAAAGACAACUAAAACCACAGGCAAGACUGGCUCCAACACUCAGACUAAAGCUAACCUGAGGGGCACUAACAACACGGGUCGUGUGAUUGCUAAGUCCUCCCAUCCAAAGAAGACAGGAGGCACUGCAAAAACCACCGCCGCCUCCACCUCCACCCCUCGCUCUCGUGCAUCUAAGGACGCGGGUGCUGCAGCACAGGCCGAGGGAAAAGAUGCAAGGACCAACCGGAAAUCAUGCACCCCCAUACCUCAAAAGGCCACCGUAGAGACUCCCAGUCAGCCUGGGGGGUCAAAGUCCUCGUCCCCUUCCUCAGACACAAAGCAGGUCUCAUCUAAAGCCUCAGGCAGUGAGACGGAGGGAUCUGCCUCUCAGUCUGCAGACGAGGACAAUCACAAAGGUAUGGCUCCUGAAUCUGCAGUCCAUCCUCCUCAUGUCAACACUGAUACAGAGGAGACUUCCUUCACGGAGACAGAGACCAGCCCUCAGGGGGAGAAACGGGAGAGAACAGGAGGAGAGGAAGAGAAGAGGAAAGGAGAAACAGAUUCUGCUGUGGAGAACAGUUCCAGGUCAGCUGAGGGCCAAGCUGAGAAGCCACAGGGCCUGAGUGUGAAAACAGAUCAGGCCGAAGUGACGGUGAUCCCUGAUAGGCCGAGAGACAGCCAAGCUAGUGACUCCGACUCUGAUGGUCCAAUCCUGUACCGGGAUGAGGAGGAAGAAGACGAGGAGGAGGACGAGUACACAAACAGUUCUCUGGCGAGCAAGAUCCGCCGGCGAGACACGCUGAACAUCAAGCUCAGGAACCGACCCAGCAAGAGAGAGCUGGAGGAGAAGAACAUUCUGCCACGGAGCUCUGAGACGGAGAGACACGAGCUCCGCCAGCAGAUAGGCAGCAAACUAGUCAGACGCCUGAGCCAAAGACCCACCACAGAGGAGCUGGAGCAGAGAAACAUCCUCAAGCAAAAGAAUGAGGUGGAGGAGCAAGAAGCUAAGCAAGAGAUUAAAAGGAGGCUCUCCAGAAAGUUGAGUGUGAGACCCACAGUGGCCGAGCUCGUCGCUCGAAGGAUCCUUUGCUUUAAUGAGUAUGUGGAGGUAACAGACGCCAAGGAUUACGACCGGCGGGCGGACAAACCCUGGACACGGCUUACUCCUGCUGACAAGGCUGCUAUUCGGAAGGAGCUGAAUGAGUUUAAGAGCCGUGAGAUGGAGGUUCAUGAAGACAGCAAACAGUUCACCAGAUUCCAUCGGCCGUAAAGUCGCCUGCUGCCGGACGGACGUCAGCACCACGACCUCUCUGGGGGCCACGGCUCCCAGCAGCCUCGCGGCCCUGCGGACCCUCAGCACACAGCUCAGUCCACUUUACUUGCCCCUGAUGUAUUUGUGUCCACAGUGACAGCUACAGGUGUGUCUUAAGGCUCUGGUGAAACACACAACACAUAUCUAUAGUUGGAACAGCGGCGCGUAGAACCAUUUAUUUAUUGUAUUUGACCAGAGCCUCCUGGGAUGUAAUUAUUUUUUUCAUUCACUUCAGGCCUUUCAAGGUUCCCCAGAGGAAAAAUUGCCCUCGUAACAAUGAAUGUGGCUCAAGUGUACUGCAGAGUUUGCGUACACGCUGUGGAUUGCCUUGUCAUAAACUGCCAAACGGCCAUAUAUGGACAUCCUGUUUGAACAGGAGGUGCGAGUGAUUGGACGGUUGUGUGCCGAUGUCGCUCUGCUCCCAUGUGCCUCUCACAGCCGAGUCUGAAAUACUGCAGUUCAUUUCGUUUUAGACAUAUUCAAAGUGAAACAUUGCCACUAGAGGGCAUUAUGUCAUAAGAGUUGUAGCCUGUGAGGAUGCGCAGAGUUUGUAGAUGAAGAAGAACUCAGAGUGUAACCGCUGAGGCUGAGGGAGCUGUGGGUUCCUGACGCUCUCACAGCGUAGUGCAAUGGAAAUCACUCGGAGUAGAGCCGCUUCUAAUCACCCAGCACCAUCCCUGGUGAUACGUGAUGAUUGUGUACCAUCGUUCAUCCUGUGUUGAGUCGUUGAACUUGUAGGGGAUCUACUGUUCGUGCUUUGACUUCGGUGUCUCAUAUUUAAGGCCUGCUCAGAGUGAUUUGGUGCCAAAUAGAAAGCCGGAUUUUGAUUGCACAUCAGUCUCCUACUGGGUGAAUUUGUCGUGUGUGCUUCAUAUGAAGGAUUUGUGAAUAUCGAGGCAGGGAGGGUUUCACCGCCAAAUGUCAAAUGUGACGAGUGUAGUAAAUGAUGAUUUGUAUUUGGCUGAGAACCCAAACCUAUAACUUCAGCUGUCAGAAAUAUUGAAGGACUCACAAAAGACGCUGGCAGAAGAAAAGAAAAACAACAAAACAUGAUGCUUACUCAUCCCCGUCUUCUGAAAUUCAACAAACACACUCAUUUUUCGUUUCCGUGCGUAUUUUGACUAGAAAGGUCAAGUGUUUGAGUGAUUUACAGACGGAGCGAGUCGCGUUCAAACAAUAUUCCUCCAGCCUCCGCGACGCUCGUCAUUCUUACGAACAGUAACUGAAGAGGAGCGAGUUGUUCUGUCUGCUCUCGAACGCACGGAGGCUGCAACAUGAAAUGAUGCACGGUGAUGGAAAAGAUACCAACAGUAUUCAUUCAUGUCAAUGUUUAUGUUCUUGUAUAUUGAUUAUUUUGUAUAGAAUGUAUAUGGAGCAUGUGCAUACAUUUAAAUCAACUUUACUACCAAUAUGAUACAAUUCAACUUCGAUGUGAAUGUUUUAAGCUCUGAUUUUAGUCGUCUUAUUUCUUUUUUUUUUAUCGUCUCAGAUAGUGAACGGUGCCGUGCAGCGCAAACACAGGUGCUGUUUCUAGUAUUUUAAUGGCUUCAUCAAACCGACUGGUUUCCCAAGCAAACGAUGGAUGAGACAUUCCGCAGGUUGUGAUAAAUCCCAUUAUUUCAUCUUCUGUUCAGCAGAAUGGAUAGUGACUCAGUAUUUGCUCAGAUGAGCAUAUGUUACUGUGCAUAAACUAGAAAAAAGAAACAAACAGCAUACAAAUGUAAAUAAAGAUGAAUGACGCGUCUCCACUUCCUCCCAGUUGCACUAGAGUCUGUGCAGUUUAGGGAUUUGGGGACGGAGCCAUGAUAUCGAGGUCCUGUGUGGUAAGAACACGACAGAGACCAUCUUUCAGAAAAUAAUGAUUCGAGGUGUACUUUGACUUUUUGGUUUGUUCUAUGUCCCAUCCACUGACAUGGAGGAGGUGGGGUUCAAGUCAUGUCAUCCAUAUUUAUUUACAGUCUAUGAUUCAAACGUGAUCAAGUUUCAUCAUUGGUUGUGGUGUAGAAAAUAAUCCAGGUGUGUUAAAAGUUAAAUGAGAUAAAGAACAUCUGGUAUCACUUUGUUUUAACCCAGUGUUCUGUAUUCAGCACUUAUAGACAUUAUACAGUCAAUGAGUUAAUGGUUAUGUAGUUGUAAACAGAUAUAAAUACAUUUUACAUACAGUUUAAGUGUUUAUCAGUGUUUUAGUAACUUAAACUCCUUAUAUGAAGCAUAGACACAUUUAUGAAAACCUGACAACCAUUACAUUCAUCUGAUGUAAUUAGUCAUUUAAAGCAAUAUUCAUAAGAGAAAUUAUAACUGUUUCAAAAUAUAUUUAUAAACUUUCUGUUUACAACAACAUUACAAAUCAUUUUGUGUAUACUGCCUAUACAUGUUAAAUUGAGUUGAUAAUAAUAAUAAUAUUAAUAAGUGGUACCUAAUAAGAAGCUUCAGAAAUCUAUUAUUUAUCUAAGUCCACGCAACAGAUUUGUGUUUUCUCUAUUAAAACAUAUGCGACUUUAUAAUUACAUCGAGCCGAGUGCUUUCCUGGAUUAUUAUCGCAUCAAUAAAUUUGUCUUUCUAUGGCAACAGUGACGCUACUGCUACUUUGCAAUCGUUGAGACUUCCACCCCUUGAUGGAAAUGUUUACACGUGUGAACGCCUGCUGUCGUCAAGCGUCCUUCAACCUUCAAAUCAAAACCCAGAUUUCAGACAGGAGCCAUUACCAGAUUUCUGCUGCUGCUGUUGUUGUUGCUGAUUGAAAGACUUUUGUAAUAUUUCUCUAUCCUGUAAAAGUCACAGUUAGGUAACAUGUUUCUCCGGGAAUCGGUUUCUCUUUUUCCAACUCAAAAGGCAGCAAGAGGCGUAAAAGCAGCAAAGACCCAGGACUGGAUAUUUCACACAGACUAUAAACACCUUUACUGUAUGUUAGACAGUAAAUAUUCAUCUUUGAACUCAUAUGAUGUCAUAUAUCCCCAACCUCGCUACGUGCAAACUGUGUAUAUUGUUUUUGUAUAUAAAGAAUCAUGGAAAAGCA